AUGUUGUUCUGCCCUCAUUGCGCCAACUUGCUACUGAUCGAAAACGAUGGUGGACAAGCAUUCUUUUGCCAAUCAUGCCCCUAUGUUUACAGCAUUCAAAGCAGACAUACCUCUCGUAAGGAACUCAAGAGAAAGGAAGUGGACGAUGUUUUAGGUGGUGCUGAUGCCUGGAAGAACGUCGAUUCUACAGAAGUUACUUGUCCUAAAUGUGAGCAUGGGCGUGCCUAUUUCAUGCUGAUUCAAAUCCGUUCAGCUGAUGAGCCUUCAUCUAUUUUCUAUAAAUGCUGCAACGAGGAUUGUCAGCAUCAAUGGCGUGAGGGAUAA